AUGUCCUUCACGCCUCCGAAAACUUACAAGGCCUUUGCCUUCCUCGAGCGUGGUGGCGACCUCCACGAAGUGCAGGUCGACUGGAAAGACCCCGCACCGGGCGAGGUCGUCGUGAAGGUGCUAGCGUGUGGCGUGUGCGCGAGCGACGAGAUCACCAAGCAGGGCUGGUUCGCUUCUACUGUAUACCCUCGCAUCCCAGGACACGAGAUCGUCGGCGACGUCGUUGCAAUCCCACCAGGGGAGACACACUGGAAGGUUGGAGACCGUGUCGGUGCAGGCUGGCACAGUGGCCAAUGCCAAUCGUGUGCUCACUGCCGCAGAGGCGACUUUUGCGGCUGUCAUACAUCUGCGGUGCCUAACGGUGUCGGCAGGGAUGGUGGAUAUGCAGAGUACGCACAUUUGAGGUCGGAGGCGCUGGCUGCUAUCCCGAAGGACAUCAACCCCGCGGAAGCUGCUCCUCUGCUGUGCGCUGGCGUUACCACCUUCAACUCGCUCCGAAACAUGGGCUGCACACCACCAGAUAUCGUCGCCAUCCAGGGUAUCGGAGGCCUGGGUCACCUUGGCAUCCAGUUCGCGCGCCAAAUGGGCUUCCGUACCAUCGCGCUCUCGACGACCACGGACAAGAAGGAGCUCGCGCUCAAGCUGGGGGCGCACGACUUUAUCGCCGGCACGGGCGCAGAGCAGGCCGAGGCUCUCCAGAAGCUCGGCGGCGCCAAGUGCAUCAUGGCCACCGCGCCCAACAUGCAGGCGAUGACGGAGCUCCUCGGUGGCCUCACUUACGGCGGCGAGCUGCUCGUCCUCGCGCUCACAACCGAGACCUUCGAGGUCCCCGUCGUUCCGCUCGUCGCGAAGAGGCUGAGCAUUCGUGGAUGGCCGGUUGGUUCGGCGCAGGACAGUGAGGACACUAUCGCGUUCGCGAAGGCGCAGGGUGUCAAGACCAUGAUCGAAACGUUCCCGCUCGACAAGGCCCCGGAGGCGUUCAAUCGUCGGGCCUCCGCGCGAUUCCGCGCUGUGAUUGUGCCCUAG